AUGCUGAAAGCUGCCUACAAGACCGGACUGGACAGUGCAGGGUGUCUCGAUGACACCACUCCCGCCAACGCCAAGACCAAGUUGUCCAAGCCCACCCACCUCUUGGGGGGCCCCAGGAACCCCAAAACGUACCCCACCUUGACGUUCGACCCCAAGGCUUACAUUGCCAACCUGAACAUAGUGUCUACGUUCGGCACUGCGUUCAACCUAGCUCAUAUCGACACUGCCGUGACCUCAUAUCGACACUGCCGUGGACAAGCAGAUUCGGAAGUCUGCUGCGCACGACGUGAGUACGUGGAACAUGUGACGCCAAGCACGCUCGAGUUUCCCGCCGUCAUCUUGCAGUCCCUGUUCUUCGAUGCCAAGGCGGACCCGUCCGUGAACUAUUACCCUACUGUCCCUUUGGUCGGCCACGAAAUCACCCACGGUUUCGACAACCGUGGCCGUAACUACGACGGGGACGGCAAAAUCAAUUCGUGGUGGAAAGCUGCCGUGAGGGCAACGUUCCGCGAAAAGGCCAAGUACUUCAUCGAGCAGUAUAGGUCCAUGGACGUCAAGCGCGAGUUCACGGAUGCAUUGCUCGGCAAGUUGGACGGCAAUUUGACCUUGGUCAAAACUAUCGUCGACAAUGGGGACCUCAACACUGCAUACCGGGCGUACCAAGACUACGUGCGCACUGUGGCCGAUGCCACCAACUACACCGAGGAAACAGGCGACAAGUUGUUUUGGAUCAGAUACGGCCAAUCGUUGUGCGUAAAGAACAGCGUCGAUUACCUCCGGCUUCAUCUCGCCAACAAGCACCCCCCUGGUCCCCACCGCAUGAUUGGGGCGGUUCAAAACUCGAUCGAUUUUGCCAAGGCGUUCAACUGCCCUGUGGACUCGCCCAUGAACCCGACCAAGAAAUGUGUUUUGUCGGAAUAG